ACGCUGGUCAACAGCUAUAUUUUUAGCAUUAUUUUAAUGUUUUCUGGACCCUGGACGUGAUUGAACGGAAAUGUAUCCUGUUAGCUGUGAAGCUUUUAAUGUUUAAACCACCGGCUUCACCUCCGAAAGAUAAAAAAUAGUUCACAGCGUUUGUUUGUUCUUUUUGUUCGCAGUUUGUUUUUCAUACAGCUGCUGCAUUAAGCUAGCUAGCCCUGCUAAGCUAACAUAUUUAAGAGCUACACUGAAUCAAAGAUCUCCAUUUCAUCCUCCUGGUUCUUGUGACUGAGUCAGAAAUCUUCUCCUGCCAGCUCUACAACAUGACGGUGUGUUUGCAGACAUGCCGGCCAGGGCACGGCGGGAUCUGAGGUCACAAAAAGUUCAAAAAGGAACUGUGGAAAUAUCAGGAGUGACGUGGAGGCAUCAGUCACAUCCUCUGAUUCUGAGCUGUGUUGUGGAGCUAUGAUGAGGACAGCCAAGAUGGAUCUGCUGAGAGCUCUGGUCAGCGAGCGUUUGUCUGCGGCUGCCCAAGAGAUCUUCAAGAUCGUGGAGAGAACAAUCAUCGAGUAUGAAGAGGAGAUGUCGUGUUCCAAGUGGGUGGUGGACAGAGACCGCAGACUGAUGGAUGUCUCCAAGGCACAUAGUGAAGGCUCUCUCCAGAUGUGUGCCACAGAUGUGAAGCUGCAGGCUGGUCAGCAGCAGCAGCAGCCUGCCAGCAUAGAGAUCAGUGUGUGCUUUAAUCCAGAAAACGGCCCAGAAUCAACAGGAGACCAUCCCAACCUGAGCGACAACCAUCCACACUCCUCUCCUGCCAGUGAAAAUGACGAUCGGCGUGACCAUGACAUCCUGAUGGAUGUUGCAGAUGACGGCGUUAAGCAGGAGUGUGACAUGGACACACAUUUUGAUACUCUCAAAAUGACGAAACCGUUCAAAUGUCCUGUUUGCUUCAGUGGGUUUGCUUCCAAAAGGACGAUGGUGCGUCACUUCAAAAAGCAUCCGGAGGACAGAUACUCCUCAUACCAGUGCCAAUUCUGCCCCUGCUACUUCUUUUGCAAAUCUGAAUUCAUCGUUCACACGAGGACACACCAAGGUGACAAUCCUGAGAUGUACCGAGAGCAGAUGGACCGACUGCUCGCUCACAGAGAGGAACACGCAGAGGAGAAACUAAAUCAGUGUCUCAGUGAAUCUGACAUCAACACAGCUCCUCUUAAUAUCACUCCUUAUGAUAAAAGUGAGUUUGAUCAGGAGUCUCUGCAGCCGCUGUGUCUUUACCAAAUCCAGACCGUCACUGACAUCGAUAAAGACUCUACAGCUGCUGAUCCAGUGACUCACAUUAAAACUGAACCCACUGAGUGUGGAGUGUCAGACGGCGCCACGGGUGAUUCUCUUCUCCUUUCAGUGAAUCAAGGAGAGAACGAGCCGAAACAUUUCAACUUAAAAAACAUUGUAGAAAAAAGAGCGUCCGAAAAAUCCACAGAGCUCGUCGUUCAGUUUGAAGCAGGACGAGCGCAGAAACCCCACAAGUGUCCGUGCUGCUCCAAAAGUUUCUCCCUCAACAAAACAUUAUUAAGACACUUUAAGAUCCACACACACGACAAAGCGUAUCAGUGCCAGUUGUGCGGCAGGAAGUUCUGUCAAAAGUCAGACCUGGCCAAUCACACGAGGAUACACACAGGAGAGAGACCCUAUCAGUGCCCUACGUGUCACAAGUCCUUCGUACAGAAAGGAAACCUGAGCGUUCACAUGAGGAAACAUGCAGAUGAGAAACCGUCAGUGCCCAGAGUGCAGCUGCAGCUUUGAUCACAAGUCAACGUUAGUGUUUCAAAUGCAGAGACACACUGAGAGAAGUUUUCAGCUUUGUCCCAAACCUCAGUUCUUAGUUUUAUAUUACUGUAAGGACUUCAUGUCCAUCUUCACAAAAUGUCUUUUGAGGGCCUUUCAGAUAGGACACGAUGUGUGCUGCGCUCGCCGCAGAGCAGAAGGGGAGGGCACACGACCAAAAAGCAACAUCACCCGUUGCUAGGUGACCGAAACAAUAGUGGUUAAAAAAAGCUACUUUUUGAACGUGUGUAAGUAGAAAGUAGAAAGCUCUGAUCUUUCUACUGCUGAGGAGGAGGAGACGAGCAGCACAGAAGGAGAGGGUGUGUGUUCAGGCUCGUCCAGGAGCUGCAGCCACUACACAAGUAUGACACAUUUCUGCUGCUGCUUUUAAAACAGCUAAUACGCCCAAACUGUUGGUCAUGUCUUUUCAAACUAUUCUCUCCGAUGUCCCGGUAGGGACUAGAGCUCAGGAAAGUGGGACACCGUAUGCGUUAACCUGAUAUUCCCUCCAAUUGGUAAAAUGUUUUUAACUUUGCGCAUGAACGGCUACGCUGUGUGUGGCACAACACGUAGACAAUAAACGAGCUUGACAGCGGCACACAACUCCCACUGCGUCCUAUCUGAAAGGCCUUUUAGUGUUCAACCACGGCUCAUUGGGGAAAAGUGAAGCGACAUAAAAAUCCAGAUGGUAUCGGUAACCAAAAACAUAUUUAUUUACAAAGCAGUAGGCUACAUUUGGUGGCAAAAGAUGAGAAAACGAAAAGGCCACAGAGUGCUGUUUGACUUUAAACAUGAGGAAAACAGGAGGAGGACUCUAAAUGAGAACGUUUGGGAGUUAAGUAAUCUUUCUCUGGUCAAUUUCCAAGAACAGCUUUUUGAGCAGAACCUACCGUAAAAUAAAUGCUGCUUAUCUUUUGAGUUGGACCAGAACCAAUAAAAUGUAGCCAUAAACAUUAAGCUGCUGUUAUUUCACAUAUAACUCAACAUGGAUACAUUUUUGAAUCUAUAUAAAGGUCUAAAAGUUGUGUAAUGUUAUUUUAAAUUUCACAGCUGGAAAAAAUGACAAAAAGCAGCAAAUUCCAAAAACAGCUGGUGAGUCUGUUUAGUUGUUUCUGAGGUCUCAGUGUUCAUCUUCAAAAUGCUCUAUGUAGGUGUUUAACUCAGAUUUAAGUCUUGUCAUAUUGUUGUGUGUGAAGACAACAUGUUCUUGAAACAGUUGGAGACUUAUAUCAAAGUGACUACCAACUUUUUGUACUUGGAGUCCUUCCUACUGAAAUCUCUGAAACGCAGAGCCCCUCAGGACCCGCACAGAAAAAGUGAUACAUUAGGCCACAAGUAUUACUUCAGAUAAAGGUCUUCUCAUGUUGUCCUGUGUUUAUUACAUGAUGUUCUUGAAGAGGUUGGAGUUGUGUCUUUAAGUGAACUGUAAUCUCAGAAAAGGACCCACACAGAAAAAGUGAUACAUACUGUAAAAACUGGACUUACGUUUUGAUAGUUGUUAAAUGUCUCUUUUCUGGUAUAAACUUAGAACAGACCAGUUCUUAUGAAAAGAUCUUUGUACAAACUAUCCUGUAAGAGUUAAGUUCAGAUGUGCGAAACAAAUCCUUCUCCAGAGAUCUUUGGUGCGCCCUCUUGAGGGGUUCAGAACGCCAUGUGGGUAACCAUUAAUUCAUCCAACUGUAAAUCAAAGAUACCUCAGUGUUGUACAGAACUUUUAUUAUGAAUGAAAGAUCGGAUUUAUUUGUCAUGGUUUGUGGUUUUACACGUAAAGAACCAACUAACCCAGAACUUCCACCAGAUACGUGUGCAUUGCGUGUCCGCUCCGUGCUCCCUCGUUCGUCACCACCUACAGGCUGAGCACAGCCGGACAACUGGAGUGACUUUACAGAUUCACUCCCGGCAGCCCGAGAUAAUACGAUCUAUGUGGUAAAAAAAACAAAACGUAUAAAACCAUUUAAAACACACAAACAAACACACAUACGGUCAUUGUUCUGAACCGUCUAAAUGGAGAGUUUUACUCAGAACAUAAACCGGAUGUUUUAAUGAUAUUCUGACUUCCCGUCGCGCUCGAUCUUUUCUGUAGUAAAUUGACGCUCUGUGCUCCGGCAUUCAGCAAAAAUAGAAGCCUUGUGUAUCUUCUAUGGAGGGCUCCAGACUGCCGGAGCUGAAGACACUUCACCCCUGUUCUAGAGCUGAGUAUUGUCCACAAGCUCGCAAAUAAAUUUAAUUUCAAUUCUUUGGGUCACGAUUGGAUUCAAUAUUUCUUAAUAUCGAUAUCUACGCAUAGAUGAGAGAAAUACCCAGAUAACUUAAAACUGUAUUUAAUCGUUGUAUAAGUCUUUAAUUAACAGAAUAAAACAUGAAAGUACAGUAUGCAGAAGUAGGACGGCGCCCCCACUGGAGUGGGGCGUCAUUACAACGGAAAUAAUCGAUCCUAGGAUUUCCCUGAAUUCAUAUUGAUUUGGGGAAAAAUAUAACUGCAAAGCUGAUUGAUGAAUCGAUAUUUUUAACCAGCCCUACCCUGUUCCAAUUGCCUGGACGAUUGUCUGUUUAUCCGUUUAUUUAAUAAAGUUAGUAGUUUUCUUUAA